AUGGGCAGCUCAAAUGAUCAGGAGGACUUGCCUCCAUCCUACCAAGAGGUAAUCAACUCGAGCAGUCCACCUGCCGUUUCAUCCACACAGUCCACAAGUUAUUCGCAACGGCCUGCUGCACAACCUCCAAGACCAGGACCAAGACCAGGACCAAGACCAGGAUCAAGACCCAGACCAGCAGCGCCACUGUCUAACAACUCAUACCACACAAGCCAGGGACACACACCACCUGGUUCUUCACCUCUACCUCUGCUGCUGCUGCUGCUGCUGCUUCCAUUCACCUACCCUAGAGGAUACUGGUGCAAAAAGUGUAGCAACACAGGAUACAAACACAAAAACGGACGUACUUGUAAAGAUUGCUGGGAGACGUUUGCGCCUCGAAACAGUUACUCAACUGUGAGUAGUGGGUUCCAUCCCCAAUAUUUUGGCUCUACAACGUUUAUACCACACCCUUCGUCGUACAGUGGCGGAUAUCAAAGCAGUGGUCCGCCAGUGAGAGUGCCUCCAGGAGACCCAAGACUAGGAGGUGUGUUGUGCGGUCGAUGUAGAGGCUCAGGGAUGGUAAGAUUCUUGCUAGAUAUGGAAUUGUGUCCCGUAUGUUCCGGGCUUGGAAGAGUUAUCAAUUUGCCUCGACCAGCACAAGCACCAGCACCAGCACCUCCUCAGCAACAACAAUACUAUACUCCUUACAUGGCUUCAUCCGGAAAGCACUAG